CGUAAAAAAAAAUAAAUCCGUUUUGAUUUGUGCUUUAUGGUAAAUAAAUUGUAAACAAGAUAAUUUGAUUUAAAUUUCGUAAUGAAUCUAACGUUUUUGUCAAUUUCGCGAUACUUUGAUCUUUAAAAUAGGCUAAUUAGUCCAGCUGCGUGUAUUUUUAGUAAGAAAAUCGAUGAAAGUAGAAGUUCAUUCAUCAGGGGCUCGCCCAUUUUGCAUUUUUUAAUUAUGUAAAUGAACAUAGAAGGUCGGACUCGUUCUAAGUUUCAGGUUUGCAGGUUUUGAGUAAUUGUAACGAUAUGGCUUCUAAAGAUGAAGAGAAUUCCAGCAGCACCGAAAAUCAGAAUUACACCGAUUCUGGGAAUAUGUGUUUGGAGUUAGCUCUGGAAGGAGAACGUCUUUGUAAAUCGGGCGAUUGCAGAGCUGGCGUAGCUUUUUUCCAAGCUGCUAUACAAGCCGGUACAGAAGAUUUACGUACACUUAGUGCCAUUUACAGUCAGUUAGGAAAUGCGUAUUUUUACUUGGGUGAUUACGCGAAAGCUGUCCAGUAUCAUAAACAUGAUCUCACUUUGGCCAGAACGAUGGGUGAUAAGCUUGGUGAAGCUAAAUCCAGCGGUAAUCUUGGAAAUGCUCUGAAAGUGAUGGGUAAAUUUGACGAAGCUGUGCUGUGCUGUAAACGCCAUCUAGAAAUAUCUCAAGAAUUGAGUGAUAAACUGAGUGAAGGCAGAGCUCUUUAUAAUUUGGGAAACGUUUAUCACGCUAAAGGUAAACAUAUCGGUAGAGUUGGCCAACAAGAUCCCGGUGAAUUUUCCGAGGAAGUGAAAAGUUGUCUUAAACAAGCGGUCAAAUAUUACGAAGAAAAUUUAGUUUUGAUGAAAGAACUAGGAGAUGUAGCUGCUCAGGGACGAGCGUGUGGAAAUCUAGGAAAUACGAAUUAUCUCUUGGGUAAUUUUCAAGAAGCUAUUCGUUAUCACGAAGAACGAUUACAAAUUGCUCGUGAAUUUGGUGACAAAGCAGCUGAACGUAGAGCUCACAGCAAUCUAGGAAAUUCUCAUAUAUUUUUGGGUGAAUUCGAACAAGCUGCCGAACAUUACAAAAAAACAUUGAGUCUUGCUCAAGAAUUACAAGACAAAGCUGUCGAAGCGCAAGCAUGCUACAGUUUAGGAAACACUUAUACUUUGCUUCAUAAUUAUACGACAGCCAUCGAAUACCAUUUACGACAUUAUUUGAUUGCUCAACAACUGCAAGAUCGUGUUGGCGAAGGUCGUGCUUGCUGGAGUUUAGGAAAUGCGUAUACAGCUUUGGAAGAUCACGAACGAGCGUUGAGAUUCGCCGAAGAGCAUUUACUCAUAUCGAAAGAACUCGGUGACACCGUCGGUCAAGCCACCGCUCACGUAAAUAUAAUGGACCUGAAAAAAAUCUUGGGCCGAGAAACAAACGAUCUGUCGCCCGAAACCGCUCAACUAGUGGCGACAGCGUCCAGCAUCCAAGCGUCGCCCGGACUCAGGCGAUACAGGGUGAGACGCAAAAGCAUGGAACAGCUUGAUCUUAUUAAGUUAACACCAGACGGCAAGCAAGGAAAGUGCACGGUUGCCAGUAGUUCGAGUUACACGUCGACGAAUAAUUUACCAAAGUCUGAACCCGCUGCCGUACAGAACGACGACGAAGAUAAUUUCUUCGAUUUACUGUCGCGAUUUCAAUCUAAAAGAAUGGAUGAUCAAAGAUGUUCGCUGUCUUCUCAGGGCUCGUUCAAUAAAGAAAACCAAUGCGAUAAUGCGAAAAGUGACGCUGCUGUUGCCAAUGGCGAUACGAAAGACGAUCUGUUAGACUUGAUAAUGGGUAUUCAGAGCAAACGAAUGGACGAACAACGAGUAGAACUACCGAAUCUGCCAGGUCUAUGCAGAUCAAGCGUCAGCAGCGCAAGUGACGGACCUGCGACAUCAGAAAAUCGUGCCCGAGCCGGCAGCAGACUAGACGAUCGACGCGAGGUACUUGCCAACGACAUAGAUGAAGAAGAACGUGCGGUGCAGUCUUCCAGUAAAGCUUCCACAGUACCUGAUGAAGAUUUCUUCUCGUUGAUCAGCCGAUUACAGUCGGGUCGUAUGGAUGACCAGAGAGCUAAAUUAAAGAAAUAACCAACCAAUCGAUCGUCGAUCAUCGAGAUCGGUUAAAUUUGCAUUUAUUAUUUAUUUUAAGAUAUCAUAGUUCAUAUAGACUUCGCUCUGGUUAAAAUUUGUACGUGUUUCUCUUCCGCGAUGUUGGCACGAUGAUAUUAUUGUUGUGUUCAAGUUGUGAUGUAAGUAGUCGACGGCUGUGUAAUGUGCCAUGGCAUGUGGCGGUGCGAUAAGCAAUAGAUGAACCUGCUCUAUAUGUAUAUUUCCGGUUCCCUGUGAAAAGUCAGAUGGUCGAAGAUUUUUUUUUUUUAAGAGAGCGAAUUUUAAAACGAUGUUCGUAUAUUUUUUUUUCUUCAAAUUUUCGUCGACGCUAGUUCGUCGAAAUGACUUUCAUUUUUUUGAUUUUUAUUCUUACCUUUUUUUUUAGACGACAGUAUUAUUUUAAAAUAGGUUUUAAAAUAAAUAUUUAUUCGUUAGAGGAGCGUGUUCGAUUUCAACAUUCCUUGUCAUAGCUGAGUUUAAUACACGCAUUUUAAUUUUUUCGAGAGAAUUUAUCGUGGAAACGCCAAUUUUUUCGCUACUUUAAUAUUAAUUCAGACAAAUUGUUAAAUAAGUAGUAUUUAUAAAAUUGUGAAUUAUAGUUAACGUUUUAUCGGAUUAAACAUUUUUAUGUCUA